CUCAUCUGCCUGGCUCAACGACGUUAUGGUUUCGCUAGCUGCGUGUUUUUUGUCCUAUUUUUGAUUCAGUUUCCUCAGUUGCACACAGCCACAGCUUAGCAUGUGCAGCUCGAGCUGUUUAAUAAGUAGCCAGAUCGUUUGUCACGCUUGAAAUAUCGAAACCAGCGAUUGUUUGGACUUUGGGAGGCCGUGUAUUCUAUUUUAAAGCCUAUUUUGAACGCAUUUUUUCAACGACCAAUCAAGAUUUUUCCUUUUUUUAUUACACAACACAAUAUUGUCUACCACCUCGCUGGACAGGCAUAUCAAAAUUGACGCUUUUUUUAAUUAAACAAGAAGGAAGAAGGUUGAAUGCUGUUUUGUUUUCCAGCCAGCAACCAACACAGCAGCACCAAAGCUCUAAAUUAUUAGCAAAAAUAAUAUCAACAGCUGCUUAAAUAUACUUUUUUUUUUUUUGACAAGCUUUACAAUCUGGCAACCUGUACCCUCAUCAGAUCGAUCUGACUGAGCUGUCAAUCCAGUAUUUUUGCCUGUUUUUUUUCCAGACUCGACGGUGGUCUCUAGUUAACAGCGUUUGCUGUCAGUAUCAGAGCCUAAAAUUGACCAAGUGCAGAACUAAAGCUGUAAGCUCUUAUCUGUUUGACAGCUCAUCUAUAAAAGUCUUUAGACCUUCCUGAGUGUCACCACUUACAUGCUUUCAGGAAGAGUUGCCAGAUUUUGCAAACCUGGAAGGGUUUUUGUUGUUCGUGUCCUGUUGUCCUCCCAGUUUUAACAUUUGAUGUCCAAUAUCUCGUUUAAUAUGAACAGGACUAGUUAAUUAAGUUGUUUUUGGCAGCUGAGGGACAUUUUUAUUCGGUUUUUAUCAUCCAGCUAUUUUGGAAACCAGCGUGUUUAUUUGUUAUAUUUUUUUACUCCCCAUUUUUGAGAGCCCCUACUGCCAUUUUUUGUACAAAUUUCUGGUUUUCUGAAAUAUCAACAAACCCCAUAUCUAAACAUUUCCCUCGCUGUCUUAUACAAGCAAAAAAAAUAGUAAAUUCGCCUGACUGGAUUUUUCUUAGUCGAGACGCUGGAGGAGGAAGAAGCGUGAUUGAACGAAAGGCUACUGCUUGUUUUUUUUCCUCGUUUAUUUCUGACCCGCAUUGUCGUUUUUAUCGGUGUUUAUUGCCUAAAAUGACGGCUAUUGAGAAACUGCAGAUGUUGAUCGAAGCAGCUGAAUAUCUUGAUCGAAGAGAAAGAGAAGCGGAGCAUGGCUAUGCCUCCAUGUUACCCUUCACCAGCAACAAAGAGAGGGAUGGCUUGAAACGAAAAAUCAAAAACAAGAAAAAUUUCAGCAGCAGCAAGAACGAUUUCAGCAGCAGGUCUACACACAACGAAAUGGAGAAGAACAGGAGAGCACAUUUACGACUGUGUUUGGAACGCUUGAAAUCCCUCGUGCCCUUAGGACCAGACUCAAACAGGCACACAACCCUCAGCCUACUUAUGAGGGCUAAGGAUCACAUCAAGAGGUUGGAGGAUAGCGAGAGAAAGGCCCAGCACACUAUAGACCAGCUGCAAAGAGAACGAAGGCACCUGUGCAGACGCCUGGAGCAGCUGGGUGUGGAGCGCACUCGCAUGGACAGCAUGGGCUCCACCAUCUCUUCAGACAAAUCUGACUCCGACCAAGAAGAUGUGGAUGUUGACGUGGAAGGAACAGACUAUCUGCUGGGAGAUCUGGAAUGGACCACCAGCAGCGUAAGUGACUCGGACGAGCAGGGAAGCUUGCGCAGUAGCUGCAGCGAUGAAGGCUAUUCCAGUGCCAGUCUCCGUCGCCUCGCCAACCCUCAGGAGAAGAGCCCAGUGCUGGGCUGCAGUCUAUAAGAGCACAGACCACCCCGGGUUCCUCAGCCACUCAUCUCCCAUCACUUCAACCUGUACCUCCAAUCACCUUCGGCCAGGUCCUCCUCUAAUACUUGAACGGUGUUGUCUCCUUUGUGACCCAAACGGUCUUUCUCUUGCUCUGACGAAUCCAGAGGAGGAAGCACGAAGAAAGUAUUGGACUUUGGAUGUGCCGUCCACCAACCAGACCUCAUAUAUGCAGCACUAACUGGGAGAAAAGGCCAGCCAAGGCUCCGCCCUCUCAAGGCUGACCUUCUUCACCAAUCCCCUCGCCUUCGUCCAAUCAGAUCUUCCCAUCCAUUUGCCUUCACUCCCAUCCCACCAUCCUGGAGAGAGGCACUCGAUUUGAGACAUUCCCAUUCCCGAAAGACCCUCAAGAGAACCUUAAAGACCUCACAGCCAGAUGAAGAAUGUGUACCAUACCACACCCACUGCCUAGUCACUCCCGAACUCUGGGACAAUCGCACCCAGGCUGUCUUACGCAGCCCUUUAUGUUCCUUCAAUCAAAACUGUACCGUCCAGACACAGGGCUGGGUCACCUGACCAGUUAGCUAACCUACCGGAGCAUGGUAUAUUUUGCACUUAGAUGACGACGUCUGUAGGAGUGGCCUUUUUACACUCGUCCCAAGCCAGUUUUGCCUCAUCCUGCGUAAUAACCGAGGACGGAUUUGGGAAGCUGCGAGAUCAGAGCAAAAGGGCUACUUCUACCGUACGGGCAAAGAUCACUUCGUGUCAAAAGAUGUGCUGUCAUGUCGUUUCGUUUUCUAAAACGUCUCUCCGAAGGGACUGCAGCUAAUUUAGUGAUGUAUCAGGCGUAGUGUGUUAGCUAGUCUUAAAAAAUAUCUACCUGCACUGUCUAAUACCCGCACGCCCGACACUCCCGCGUGGGCAGAGAAUACUGACGUGUUGUUGUUUCCUUUUUCUUUUUUUUUUACCCAGCAAGCACUCAUAAUACUCAUGCUGUGCGAAAUCAUCAGGGCGGUAGCGAUACACCCCUCAACUGGACUCACAGGUGGAUUCCUGACAUCCCAAGCAAGAGAACAUUUCUAUUCUUUUUUUUUUUUUUUCUUUUUUUUUACUUUAAAUGCCCUUUAUCUGCCACCUUGAAUUUUACAAUACUACAUCCGUGGGGCGAAACAACUGAAGCGUUUGCAGCAUGAGAUUCUUCAAGGGUUUUUGUGGGUUGGGUUUAUGAAACAGGGUGGGAAGGUUUGUGACAUCUGGAUCUCAGGUAUCUCUUCCUCUCUCUCUAAGGACAGUGGCGUUUUUGGUGUGUGUGAUGCAUUUUCUUCAUGUUUGUCUGUUUUCUUUUCUCUCGACUGUUCAGCCCCAUGGGCGAUUCUAGAAGCACAUUCCAUGGUAGAGCAGAGGUUUGUGUCAUUGCAUGGACUGCAGACGCCGACACAAAGGUCUGAGGCUUCAGAUUACCUAUUGUACGAGCGACAGACCUCUGCUCCUGUGCCAUCAGGCUCAUUGUGUGUGUGUGUGUGUGUGUUCGUCGAUGGCUGCAGCACUGCAUUGCAGUUUCACUCCUGCUGCCCAGCUAUUUACCAUUUCAGCUAAAUGUAGUCAUGAUAUGUAUAUAGUUGACAGAAAAAGAGAGAUAUCUACCCUAUAUGUACGUAUAUGAAUAAAGUAUUUAUAUUUGAUCACAUUAUAUGUUAAAACAUAGACUAUAAAUAUAUAUGAGAAUAUAUUUAAGUAGUGAUUGGCUUAGUUGCUUCGGUUCUCCUUAUCGUUAGUUUCAAUGUGUAGUUGAUUAUAUAUAGACAUGUAUAAAUAUAUAUCCUAUUUUACACAUCCUAAAAUCGUUCAUUCUAUAUUUUUUCCUGCACAAAAAUGAAAACGUGUUGACUAAAAAAAGUAUAAAAAUUUAUGAUAAACUGCAUUAAAAAAAAAUAUGGUUGGGACGUAUUUGUUAACGUGUUGGUGGCACUGAGCUUGUGGAAAGUGGGUAAUCAGAGUAGCCUGUUAUUAUCGUGCCUGAUUUUUCUAUAACACUAGUGAGAAAGGUGGGUUUUUUUAAGAGCCUAGUUGAAGGAUCUGUAUGUUUGAAUGUACUGAAAUCUACUGUUGCAUCUCAAACUAAGAUCUUAAAUUGUAGAAUUUUUCAUUUUUUAGAACUUCAGAUGCACCAAAAACAAACUGGAUUGUUCAUUCUUAACAUACGGAAUGCUGCUGUUGGGUAGUUUUGAACAUUUCAAAUAAAAUCCCCAAAAAAUGUAUGAAUAAAAAAUACGUAUAAAUUUUAUGUGAAUUGUAGCCAUGAGAGCAUUAGAGCACGGUGUAUUUUGGGAAGGGGGGGGGUUUGUACUGUAUAUAAAUAUAUACAUGUUUGCUUGUUUGUGACGUCACUGUCUACAGACAGAGAGAAAGGGUUUGAUUUUUCUUUUUUUCCUCUUUGGAGGUGGUGGGGGCAGGGGGUUUUAGGGCUGUAUCCCUUUUGUAUUGAUAUGCUUUUGUGUCUUGUUUUUCUUUGUUACAAGUGUUUAAAAAAGUGCAAACAAAAAGUGAACUUCCUUCUCAAGAUUGUGUCUUGUUGGUGUCUUGAAGCUUCUCACGACCCACUCCCACCGAAGUAGGCUUGACUUUCUGUGCAGUUUGACCUUUUUUUCCCCUUGACUUUCCAAAUCUGCUUUAGUCCUCUCAUACGCCAUCUUCUGUGAACACCAGUGGCGGGACAUAGCUAACGUGUUGCACUUACGAAUGUUACGUGAAAGACUCUACGGUGCUGUCACUCACACAGAUGUGAAUUCCCGCUAUAACACGAACCCUUUUUGUCCCGGCGCUGUGCUUGUCACAGUCAGUGAUGUCACCGCGGGGGGUAGAUGUACUACUUUUGAUUUGUAUAUAUGGGUUAUGUACUGUACGUAGAGUACGAAUCGGCUAAAGCCUUAAGACACACAAAUGUAUGGAAACAAUAGAUGUUAUAUCAGAAACUGAUUGCAAACGUGGUCUGCUAAAAAGGAACCCAUCGCCAGUCAUUCCCACUGAUCGUGACUGCGUCUCAGGUGUUUCACACCUUUCCAAAUAUACAUAAACACAUACGCACAUACACGUACACACAGUCAUCCUUGAACGUGUACUGCCUCUUGUAAGCUAAACGAAAGAGGUUUUUGUCUGUUUUACAUCCAAUCAGAAAUGGACAUUUCUAUGCUGUUACUUUUUAAGAAUUGGGCUACUUUGAUGUUGACUGCUAAAUGUGGUUAAAAGG